AGCAGCGUCCGUCCCCGGCUGGCGCUGCGGCCCCCCACCCCCCCCGCCUUGGAGCGGGGCCCGGAGGUGUGAGGUAUUUCAAUCAAAGGAAGAAAUAGCUCUUCUCCGAAGAUGGAAUCUGUUGUUUGGGAAUGUGGUUGAUCAACUUGAUAUGUUGGCCAAAUGUGCCCUAUGUAAAAAAAUGAAAAGAAGAGACAAGAUGAUGUCAUUUUCCCGUAUUGUGAAACCCAAAACAAAUGCCUUUUGUGGGACCGAGCUACCAAACCUGUGACGGUGCAAAGAAUAUUAAACUGUUUGAAAAACUUAACAGUAAGAUAUAGAAGAAGUCCUUUCAAGCUGAAACCUGCAGGUGUAUAAAGAUUCAAAAUACAUAUUGAGUAGACCUGAUCAUCCGAAUCUCAUUCAGAUCCAGAAAGGAUGGCUAUGAGUUGGAUUGUCUUCUAUCUUUGGCCCUUGACUAUGUUUGUGGGGCAUAUUAGUGGGCACAGUUUGUUUUCUUGUGAACCUAUUACCUUGAGGAUGUGCCAAGAUUUGCCUUAUAAUACUACCUUCAUGCCUAAUCUUCUGAAUCAUUAUGACCAACAGACAGCAGCUUUAGCAAUGGAGCCAUUCCACCCUAUGGUGAAUCUGGAUUGUUCUCGGGAUUUCCGGCCAUUUCUUUGUGCACUCUAUGCUCCUAUUUGUAUGGAAUAUGGACGUGUCACACUUCCUUGUCGUAGGCUGUGUCAGCGGGCUUACAGCGAGUGUUCGAAGCUCAUGGAGAUGUUUGGUGUUCCUUGGCCUGAAGAUAUGGAAUGCAGUAGGUUCCCAGAUUGUGAUGAGCCGUAUCCUCGACUUGUGGAUCUGAAUUUAGCUGGAGAUCCUACUGAAGGAGCCCUGGUGGCAGUGCAGAGGGACUAUGGUUUUUGGUGUCCCCGAGAGUUGAAAAUUGAUCCUGAUCUUGGUUAUUCUUUUUUGCACGUGCGUGAUUGUUCACCUCCUUGUCCAAAUAUGUACUUUAGGAGAGAAGAACUUUCAUUUGCUCGAUAUUUCAUAGGAUUGAUUUCAAUCAUUUGCCUCUCUGCCACGUUGUUUACUUUUUUAACUUUUUUGAUUGAUGUCACAAGAUUCCGUUAUCCUGAAAGACCUAUUAUAUUUUAUGCAGUCUGCUACAUGAUGGUAUCAUUAAUUUUCUUCAUUGGUUUUUUGCUUGAGGACCGAGUAGCCUGCAAUGCAUCUAGCCCUGCACAGUAUAAGGCUUCCACAGUGACACAAGGAUCUCAUAAUAAAGCCUGUACCAUGCUUUUUAUGGUACUCUAUUUUUUUACUAUGGCUGGCAGCGUUUGGUGGGUAAUUCUUACCAUCACAUGGUUCUUGGCAGCUGUGCCAAAGUGGGGUAGUGAAGCUAUUGAAAAGAAAGCAUUGCUGUUUCACGCCAGUGCAUGGGGCAUCCCUGGAACUCUAACUAUCGUCCUUUUAGCGAUGAAUAAAAUUGAAGGUGACAAUAUCAGUGGCGUGUGUUUUGUUGGCCUCUACGAUGUUGAUGCAUUGAGAUACUUUGUUCUUGCACCCCUCUGCCUAUAUGUGGUAGUUGGGGUUUCACUUCUCUUAGCUGGCAUUAUAUCCCUGAACAGAGUUCGAAUUGAGAUUCCAUUAGAAAAGGAGAACCAAGAUAAAUUGGUGAAGUUUAUGAUCCGGAUUGGCGUUUUCAGCAUUCUUUAUCUCGUACCACUCUUGGUUGUAAUUGGAUGCUACUUUUAUGAGCAAGCUUACCGUGGCAUCUGGGAAACAACAUGGAUACAAGAACGCUGUAGAGAAUAUCACAUUCCGUGUCCAUAUCAGGUUACUCAAAUGAGUCGUCCAGACCUGAUUCUCUUUCUGAUGAAAUACCUGAUGGCUCUCAUAGUUGGUAUUCCCUCCAUUUUUUGGGUUGGAAGCAAAAAGACGUGCUUUGAAUGGGCCAGUUUUUUUCAUGGUCGUAGGAAAAAAGAGAUAGUGAAUGAGAGCCGACAGGUACUCCAGGAACCUGAUUUUGCCCAGUCCCUCCUGAGGGAUCCAAAUACUCCUAUUAUAAGAAAAUCAAGAGGAACUUCCACUCAAGGAACAUCCACACAUGCUUCUUCAACUCAGCUGGCUAUGGUGGAUGAUCAGAGAAGCAAAGCAGGGAGUGUCCACAGCAAAGUGAGCAGCUACCACGGCAGCCUCCAUAGAUCCCGUGAUGGCAGGUACACUCCCUGCAGUUACAGAGGAAUGGAAGAGAGACUACCUCAUGGCAGCAUGUCACGACUAACGGAUCACUCCAGGCACAGUAGUUCUCAUCGGCUCAAUGAACAGUCCCGACAUAGCAGCAUCAGAGAUCUCAGUAAUAAUCCUAUGACUCACAUCACACAUGGCACCAGCAUGAAUCGGGUUAUUGAAGAAGAUGGAACCAGUGCAUAAAUUGUCCUGUCGAAAGUGGAAAACUUGUGCUGUUUAAAAAGCAGAUUUUAUUCUUUGCCUUUGCAUGACUGAUUGCUGUAACUCACUGUUAUGCUUUCAGUCAGGUGCAGAGUGUGUCCAUUGGAAAAGUAAAUGUUUGCUUUCUAUAUUGCAUCAAAUUUGGAACAUCAAGGCCUCCAAAAUGCUAAGAAUUAUAUCAUCAUAUAAAUAAUUCUUAUUUCUAGGUUAUGAAGAGAUAAUUAUUUGUCUGGUAAGCAUUUUUAUACACCCACGUAUUUUAUAUUUAGAAAAAUCCUAAAAGUAUGGUGACUGCUUUGUAGUGAACUUUGAUAUAAUAUCAACUAGUUGUGAGAUCACAUUCUGGUAGUUCUGGUAAUAAAACAAAAUUUCAGAAUUAAAGAAAUUUUCUAUGCAAGAUUUAUUUCUCAGACGAAUAGUAGGACUUUGUAGUUUUCUUUCCACUAAGUGAAAAAGAACUGUUUUUAAACUGUAGGAGAAUUUGAUAAAUCAGCAAGGGUAUUUUAGCUAAUAGAAUAUAAGAUCAACAAAAGAAUCUGAUUAGUCUAUCGAAGGCUCUUUCAAAAUUCUAUCAAAAUAAUCUUCAUCCAGAGAAAUACAGGAUUAGGAUUCGCAAUGGGCAUUUUUUCCCCUAUAAUUGUGCUGUUUUUAUUACUUUUGUAAAUAUUACUUUUACUGGCUGUUUUACUUUUACUGGCUGUGUUUUUAUAACUUAUCCAUAUGCAUGGUGGAAAAUUUUUAAUUCGUAGCCAUCUUUUCCCAUGUAGUAGUAGUGAUUCAUAGAGAAUUUCAGGUUCAGAGCUGUUCCGUGGAGGCAUGUAAUAAGAUAAGCGUCACACAUUAUAAGGUUUUUUGUGGCAACCACAAUUACAAAAUGGCGAAAUGUUAUCUCUGUAUUCAUUGUUGUAUUUUUCUACAAUGAGAUGUCGUCUUGCCAAAGCCACCAGAUCUUGGUAUCCAGGCCCCUCCUACGAGUGAGUUGAUUGUCUGUGCUUGCACUGCCCAGUAGCAAACAGGCUACAGCUUUUGCCCCAUACUCUUAUUUUCAGAUUCUGGAUUAUUCUUGUUUACAGCUGAAAUAUAUAUAACCUAAGUCCAAAGUGGUGAUUAAUUUGGGGUAUUUGAAAAUUGUUGUAGCUAAAUGAAGCAUGAUUAGUCUUGCUGUGAAGUAUCUUUUAAUCUUGAAAAUAUCAACUCAAAAAUGUUUGACAUUUUGUCUUGUGAUGUUUAAAUAGUUUACAAUAAAAACUGUGAACUUUAUUAGGCAUGAAAUUGAUCAGAAGGGAAAGGAGAAUUCUGGAAAAUGCUAGAUGUGUUAUAUAGAAAAGCAUAUUUAAACAAGCGGUCCUCAACCCUGACUACAGAUGAGAAUCACUUGGGGAACCUCUGAUGCCCGGCACCUUCCUCUCAUUCAGAUGAGAAUCGGUAGUUUUUUAAAAAAAAGCUUUCCAGGUGAUCUAACCUGCAGCCAGAUUGCAGGCUGUUUUCAACUAACUAGCCCCUGAUGAUGAUCUGUUGGCAUCAUAUUAUAUCACGUGAAAAUCUAGCUGGACUCAAUGUUAAUGCUUUUAUAUCAUUACCUGAUAUACAAUUGUUCUCCACUUUAUUGUCCACUAUAAAAUGUGGAAUUCUGGGCUCCACUCCUAAAAAUUCUUAUUCAGUAAGUCAGUGGUGGUAGGACUUUAAAAUCUGUAGUUAUAAAAAUAUAACAUGUGAUUCUUAUGCAGGUAAUCCAAGAAUCACACUUUGAAAAAUAUUCUAGACUCUAGAGAGGCCUGGCUUUGUCAUAUGCUAGUUUUUGACCUUUAACAAGUCAACUUCUCUGAGCCUCAGUUCCCUUGUCUGUAAAUGAAGAUAGAAAAUAAAUACCUACCUCACAAAGUUGUCAAAUAGGGAUCAAAUGAAAAAUCAUAUGAAAACUCUUUGAAAACUGUAAAGCAUUGUGAAAUAUAAGGGAUUAAGAUUAUUGAGGAUUUAAGAGAUUUGUUUGAGGGCUACUAUAUUACAUUCCUUGAUGUGUGUUUAAUUCAUUUGUACUCUUUUCUCUUUCUUUAAAACAAAAAGUACAAAGAAAUUUGGUCUUGAAAAAGAAGCUUUUAUCAGGCAUAAAAGUUAGUUUUCUGAUGAUAACUUGUUUGUAAUCGUGUUGUUUCUUUCAAAGUACAUAUACCUUAAUGUUUAUUAUUAUUAAUUCUUCAUAAGAUAUAUUUGAACAUUUGGCCCACAAUAUUUUUCUUUUCCCUCUGUCUUCAUUGUCUUUCUCCUUGGAACUGGAGCUAGUGCUCGAGGCAGGCAGAGUCUGAAUUCCCUCAUAACCCUCGUAACUGACAAUUAGUAAACCUUUUCUUUGAAGGCCAAACUUAUAACAACUCAUUUAUAAAUAAAUUGGUAAUUCAUGAGGCUUUUGUCUGAGAAUCUCUCCUGAGAACAGCAUGAGAGGACCCAAAGAAACAUUCAGAAACAAAAAUAAGAAGUUAAAAUAGAAGGUACCAAUUUGAGCUCAAAGAUGUUGUCAUCUAUUGCCAUCUGCAUUAUAUUAUCAAUUGCCAAAAUGUUAAUUGGUUUUGUUGUACAAGUGGGCCUAGUAUAGACAGUUAAGUGAAUAUCACUAUGAAAAUCUUAACAUUGUCUUCCUGAUUUUUAUAUAUUCAAUUGUAUCUUCGCUAUUAAACUGUGGGGGUGUGUGUAAAUGCUUUCAGUACCUUAAUUUUGCUCCACAGAGUUUACUUAGUAUUGUUAAUUUAUUGUUUUCAGUAAAAGUAUUUAGUUUGAGCCAUGUUAUUUAUCAAACUAGAGCUCCAAAUUAAGAAUUUUUUUUAAGAGACAGUUGAAAAACCUAUAGCAAAACAGCAAUUUCAAGACUCAGCUAGCUUAAAUCAGCUUGAGCAAGUCUGGACAGCUUUCUCACCACAUAUUUAACUUUAAUUUGUGUUGUGAUUGGCAUAUGAUAAUGUUUAGUGUUUUAUUUGUUCAGUUGACAACUGAGAAAAAUAAUAGUUCUCUCUAAAAUGUUAAUACAUAAUCAAAAGAUUUUUGAAAAGUACUUUGAUUUCAGCAAUAUUGUAUUUAAUUUAUUCAGUAAUUAAAGCAAAAGAUCCAAGACAAUAUUAAGCUCAAAACACUAAUUAGUUUCACAGAACAAUUGAUUGAUAACUCUACAACUAGCACAGGGCUUAGUACAUAGUAAGUUUUUCAAUAAAUGUUUAAAUGAAUGAACAACUCAUGUCAUGCAACUCACUUUUAUCCUGGUAGAGUCUCACUUCAAAGAAAUUUGAAGGAUCUAAAUUUAAACUAAGUGAAAUGAAGUCUCGCUUUACCAGAAUAACAUGUGGCAAGUCAUAAGAAAUAUGUAAAUUGUACCAAAUGAAGUUUAUUUCUCCUAGAGUAGCGGUCUGUAUUACUAUUUUUAGAAAUAUAUAUGCAAACUUUUACCAACACUUUAUAUUAAUUUUAAAAGGUGAAAGUGAGUCUUAGAAGUAAAUGUCUAGGCUCUUGUUGGUUUUAUGUGAAGUUAGAUCUUUGUGUACUGGUUGAGUGAAUGAAUAGUCAAGCAAACAUUUACUAGUAAUGAUUUUCUUUUUCUGCUUCUUAGAGUAGAUUUAUAAAAUUAUAAGAAUCUCUUCAAAUUAGAAAAAUUUACUACAUUUUAACCUACCUCAUUAGUUUCUUUGUGAUAAUAGCUGGAAAUAACUGAAAUUGUAACUAUCUUGGUUUAGGCAAUAUCCCUGUGAAAUAAAAGGAAUUACUUAAAUUUUUUUUUGAUAAAAUAGUGGAUCAUUGGCUGGAGCUCAGAAAACAUUACUAUACCGAAAUUUCACUAUGAUGAUAUUUAUACUGCUUUUGACAUGCCAAAGGUACAUUUACAUAUUAUCAUAGUUGAAUGACUUACAUAGUCUAAUGUAAUGAAAAUUCCACUGGGCUUGGAAUUCAAAGACCCAUAAUUAUGAUGUGAACUGGACAGGUCAUUUAACUUCUCUUAGUCUCAAUUUCUUCUGUAUAAAAUGAGGAUAAGGUAAUUUUUGGUCCCAACCUAUCUCACUGGACAUUGUGAGGAUCAGAUGAGAUAAUAUGUAUUAUAGCACUCUGUAACCUAUAAAUUGCUCUUCUGAUAAUAUUUGUUUCUGUUAGAAUUUUGGGAUUAUAGAAAACAAGGAUAUGGUCUUCAGUGGUAUUUAGCAAUAACAACAAAAUAGGCAAUUAGACCAGUAUUCAUUUGGUACAAGCUUUUAAGUCAGUAAUCUAAUUAACCUUUAAAAAAUGUGAUUCUUUUUCAAGAGUAGCCAUGCCCUUAAAUUGUGUUGGCUCUUUAAUAUAUGUUAUAAAUUUGUAGGUCACUUUCAGCAGAAGUUUGGGGAUCUCCAUUAUAUUUUUCCUUUGAUAUGGAAUUAUACAAAUACAUUAGCUUGGCUUCACUGAAAUUUAUAAGAAAAAUAUAAAGAGGAGUGUAAGCCCCAUGACUUUUGUUUUUUCUUUCAGGACUUUGAUGUGCCUAAUUCUUUCCAAUUUAGAACAAGUUUUUUAAAAAGGUGAUUACUGUAACAUGUUGGUUUUCAUCAUGGCAAAUCUUUAAAUUUUAAGUUGUAACAUUAUCUUAAUUAUUUGUAUAUAUAAUUUUUUUUAACCUGCGUAAAGUAAGGAUGUUUCCAUUUUUUCUCACACAUAAACACACAAAAGAUAGUAUUUUUAUAGAACCAGGAUUUACAAAGAAACUCAUGAUUCUUUUAAACUUCUUUUAUGCCUUUUUACAAAUGAUUAAGAAAAAGUGUUUACGUUUAAUUCAGCUAUGUUUCCUAGUAGCUACAUAGUUUUAUACAUUAUUCUUACAUCAUUUCUGUCUAUUUUAUGUGAAAAAAUUAUGUUGACAUUUCUUCAUAAUUUCUCUUCUCUUCUUUAUUGUUCUUGUUCUAGUUAUAUGAGUUUUGGGAAAGGAAUAGGAAGACUAAGAAUCCUUUACCUUCCAUCUGACUAAUCAGUCUCCUGGGUUAUUUUUCUAAUUUAAUUUUAAUCCUAUACUUCUUUAAUAGUCAAAUUGACAGAGGAUUAUACUUUUCUCUCAGGAUCCAAAAUCUUCUAGGAAGGAAAACAUUAAGGUCUACCCAGAACCAGCCAUCUUUGUAGACAUUCCUAUUUGGUUGAUUUAUAAAGAUUUAAUAUGUUAAUAACCAUAUUUAUUAUUCCGUGAUUUCUAUAGAAAGUAAAACAUUGUUGCCAUAAAGGUAAAAGAAAGUAAAGUUUCACUUAUAUUUUAGUCAAAUACCAUGCCAAUCAACAUUACUUCCUAUAAGAGAGAGUAAUUCAAUCUAUUUAAAUACGUUGAAAGAUAGUUUCCUUCAGACUAUUUUUUUUAAUAAUCACCUAUCUCAGGAAAUCUAUUGUGUUCUUUCUCGGACAUUUUCAUUGGUAUGAUAACAUUGCUCAUAAUUUAUUCUCAUUUUAUUGGCCACUGUCACCAGUUUUCCCUGAUAGAGAAGCAAGUUUUUUCCUUGUAGUAAUUAGGAUUUUGAAGACUCAGUGUUCCAUUAUUUUGGUAAUUACCAUUUACUAGUAACAUUAGUAUUUAUAAGACAGUGAUAUUUUUCAAGCUUGUUAUUUUAUCAUAUUUCUUGAAGUAGGGUAAACUAUAUUAUUAUUAUUAUUGCCCUAGGGUUUUUGUUAUAUAAGUCAGCUUGUUUGUAUUGCUAACUUGCAGAUAUUUCUUUGAUUGUAUUGUACUUAUUGACUUGAAAAAACUUUAGAGCUUAAUCAUUUCUGUUUUCUAAAUUGGCAGAUUUUUUUUUAAUGCUUAAUAAAAAUGCAUUAUGUUAUUUUUAAAAUACCACAGAAUUUUGAGUCAGGAGACCUGAUUUCUAGUCUUGCCUCGGUUUUCAAUGAGCUGUGUAACUUUGGAAUUUUACCUCUUGGGACCUCGGUUUUCUCAUCUGUAAAUGAAAGACACAAGGGGAUUAGAUUAGGUGGUGUCUCAGAUUCCCCCUGUCUCUAAUUUAGUUGUCCCUUGACCAUUUUAUAAUCGUUAUUCUGGGCUUACUUUUAUUCUUGUUGUUCUUCCAUGAACUGUAUUUACUAAUCAGCCUGUACUGUUAAUGCAAUUUAUACUUAAAUUGAUAGGAUUCAGAUAUGUUAUUAACUUUGUUUUCCAUUCAUGAUUUUAAGUAAUUUUAAAGGAGGAAAAUUAUAUUACAGAUAAUAAAAGUGAAAGAAAGUUUACAAAUAAAGAUUACAAAAAAAGACGUCACCUUUUUUUUCCAUGGGAAACGUCUCCUAAAGCACCAACAAAUAAGCACCUUAAAUUGAUAUACAGAAAAAAAUGACAUAAAAUUUUGUGGUCUCUGUUCUCUUAAAUAUAAAUAUAAAUAGUUAGCCUAAACUUGAAUCUGAUGUCCAAAUAUUUCAUUGAAUAUUUUCUGAGUUUUGAUAAUGGGAUAUUCUAUAAGAUAAAGCAGAUAAUCCUAGAUUGAUCUAAUUUAUAUUUAUCCAUCCACCAUUUUUCUAUUUCUCUACUUCUUCCCUCCCCAGUUUUGAAAAGAAAAUUUAUAAAUAUCUUCCCUCACUCCCUUUGCUCUACCUCAAAUAAUUUUUCCCUGAACUACUCUUGUUGGCAGAAACUAAUAUGAAAUAAUUCUAUAUUUCUGAGACAACAUCAGCAUAGUAGUUCUUUUCAUUGAGCUGAGGUGAAUAUAUAUUUGAAAAUAAUGUCUUUAUAUGUGAACUUAAAAUUAUUUUUAAAAAUCAUAAAUUCUCUGAUAUGAAAAUAUUAGUCUAUAAGUUCUCUUGUCAUCAGGUGAUAUUUCUACCUUAGUUGUGUGUUAGAGUAAAUUUGAAUUCUUUAUCAUUCAUCUUUUUUAAAAAUUUAACUUCUCUGGAAUUAUCCCAUUUCACAUUGGUCUUUAACACCAACUUCAGACAACUUUUCUGCUUUUAUUUUCAAAUACCAAAUUUUGUUUUUGAGAGUUUUAAUUUUUUCAUUGAAGUUUAAAAGUAUUGCAUAUGUGAAGGAGUGGCUGCAGUUUAGACAUUUAUUUUGGCAUGAAAAAGAUAUCACACCACCAUCCCUCUCCCCCAGCCCCAAAAAGAAAGGUUUAUUUGACACUCAAGAACUAUUAAAUUUAUUUGAAAGAGCUAUGUAAGCUGUUUCUUCUAAUUUAAAAUUUUUUAAUUAAGAAAAUACUGACUUUGCUGUAUUUUAAUCUGAUAGGGGGAUUAUUUAUAUAAAUAUAUGUCUACAAUCAAUAAUAGUUAUUAGUUAUUUUCACUUUACAAUGCAACACC